AACAUUUACCUCUUUGGGUAAUAUGAAGAAGGUUUGAAUUCUAACCUCUUUGGUAUGUAUACAUCGGUUGUGAUGGGAGGGGAAGUCUGGAGGAGGAGGGAGGAGAAGUAUUUGUUGACAUGUGAUGAGAAAUAUGUAACGAAAGACCUAUAGAGGGGCAUACACUUUUUGUCGAAGGUUGAUAAUGUCUAACAAAGCUGGAAGCAAUGCUCCCACUUAAGAACAUGUUCCUUUUUACCAUUGCUAUGACAAUUAUAGUCUUAUAUUUUGUAUGGAGCUCUCAAGGCAAGGAGUUUGGGAGACAUUAUGAUCAUCGAGAACAUGUAUUCCUGUGCCACAUGUCAUUUGAGGACAGCAGGAAUAAAAAUGUGGAUAAUAUACCCACAAUUUAUUUUAUUACACCCACAUAUCCAAGGAGGGAGCAAGCAGCAGAACUUACAAGGUUAGGGCAAACAUUGAUGCAUAUACCUAACCUGCAUUGGAUUGUUGCUGAUGAUAACAUGGUUUGCAGUGCAAUGAUAACAAAACUCUUGAAAAAAUUUGGUAUUCCUUUUACCCACAUUGCAAGCCCAAUGCCAGAGGUGUAUCGCAAAGCAGAUAUUGUUCCAAGAGGUGUAGCCAAUAGACGAGCUGCACUCAGCUGGAUAAGAAAGCAUGUGAAGAAUGGUGUGAUAUAUUUUGGAGAUGAUGAUAAUACAUUUGAUUUAGAGCUCUUUGAAGAAAUUCGUGAUACGAAGCGAGUUUCAAUGUUUCCAGUUGGUCUCAUUGGUGACUAUGCAGUUAGUUCUCCUGUGUUAAGAAAGGGAAGAGUUAUAGGAUUUUUUGAUUCAUGGCCAUCCAAGAGAAAGUUUCCAGUAGACAUGGCUGGAUUUGCUGUGAAUAUUGAGUUUUUAUUGGAACAUCCAAAUGCAACCAUGCCAUACAAAGCUGGAUAUGAAGAGGACCACUUUCUUCGAAGUCUUCAUUUAAAAUUGGAGGAUAUCGAACCAAAAGGAAACUCGUGCACUCAGGUUCUUGUGUGGCACACACAGACUACAAAGAAAUCCCGAUCUGUGAUAAAAAUUGGAAGCUAUCUUGAUACAAACUUGAAACUACUACUAGAGGAACUUCGUUAUCUUGGAAUGGGUGAUGUUAGUUCAACAAAAGGGGCAGCAGCCUACUUAACAAAGGAUGGGCACACACAGACGAUAUAACCAUUCCUAAUGUGUUUGCUAACUUUUGACACAUUAUCUGCACAAAGUUAUGACUGUAAUAACACCCUGUUGCAGUCGUAUAUCAUAAAUAGUGGCUCAGUCUAGAACUUGUCAUUUAAUGUAGUGGUAGACAAUAUUUAUGAUUAAAUAGGAUGACAUUCUCAUCGAUUGAAAUAUGGUACUGAAUUUGUACAAAUAUUAUUUAUUAAAAAGAAGUAGAUUUAUUCCAGUUUAGAUAUUUGAAAUGGGUGAUAAAUUAAGUAAUUAUAAGAUUUUUGAGAAUUCAGAAUAUUUCAUAUAUCUGAUUUUGAUCGUUUUUCUAGUCAUACAUUUCAGCGGCAAGGAGUUCUGAUAAAGAUAUUGUUCAUUGGUAGUCAUGCUUUUGCUGAGAGAUCUACCGACCUAUUUCAUAAGAAAAUAUAGUGAUUAACUAUAGCUGCAAUAUUAAGCUUCACAAAGACAUUUGAGAUUAUAUAUUUUAAGUAGACUGUUAAGUUAAUUUAGCUUUUGGUGCAACUUUUAGCUUUCAUAGGCAUUUGGGGUAAAAACAAAAAAGAAAUAUAUUUCUGUGUGAGUCAAUUCAUACAACAUUUACAGUGGGAUGAUAAACAUAGAAAUCAGAAUUAAAGGAGUUAACACGAAGUUUACAUCUGUCCUUGUAUUGCAUAAAUAUUAAGUUUAAUAGUUCCACACAAGAACAUAGAACAAAAUGUUGGCAACAAUAUCAGACAUCAUACCAGGAUUUAUCAUAACUGUCUAAGGGGAAACACAGUAUUUUUCAAUCAGGUAUGGAAUAUCAAAUAAAACAAUAGUAUUUUCUCUUUAAACAUUGUGUGAAAACAUGUCUCUGUUUGCAGUGCCUCACAAGUUCCUGCAUCUACUUAAUGAUUGUAUGAUUAAAGCACAGUCAGGAUUUCUAUGUCCUUACACCAUUAAAUUAGGAUUAAACUAUUUAUUUAUAUGUACAUUUAGAUUUAUAGCUCUUAUUAUUGAAGCUUUAAUACUUUUUGCAAUACAAUUGGUUAUUGAUACACCCAGGACUUGGGAUUUGAAAGAGAUAACUACUUCACUUAGCUUUCAGGAAAAGCAUUUAGUCUUCAUUUUGAGGUUUAGAAAUAGGGUCUCAUUACCAUUCUGCAAGAAUUAAGAAACACAGAUUUGUAUUGUGCAUAAAUAAUGUAAUUUAAUAUCCUGACAAAGACAAGGUAAAACUUGUGUGGGAUGAUGUCUUAAUGUAGGGAAACAAAAUUUUCUUUCUAUGUUGAAUGCAAUAUUGUAUGUUGGUUGUGUUGAGAUGUAAGAUUAAAAAAAAAAAUUGUCAAUAAGCACAAGAUUAAUACCUCUUACUGCUAAAUUACUUUAUCAGACGUUGGUACAGUACGAGCAUUGUAACAUGGCAGGGGAUGUUAGAAGUGAAAUUAAGUAAUUCUGCCUAUCCCUUCAAUCUCAGAAUAUCCCUUUUUAUUGCCAUUGUCAAGGACGUUAAACCCAAAUUUUAAUUCCUUGUGGUUUGACAAAGAGAAAGUAACAUUCAGAAUACGGUCGCAGGUUCGAAUCCUGCCUCGGGCAUAGAUGUGUGUGAUGUCCUUAGGUUAGUUAGGUUUAAGUAGUUCUAAGUUCUAGGGGACUGAUAACCACAGCAGUUGAGUCCCAUAGUGCUCAGAGCCAUUUGAACAUUCAGAAUAUAAUGAAAUUGACAUAUCAUUUUGUGUAUUUCCAGUGUGGUUUGGUGUCUAAAACUUCAUUAGUCUAGGAUUAAAGCCUUUCAGUAGUCCUGGGGUGUUUUUUUACCUUUGCUUCUUUCACCUCCUGCAGUGAUUUGGAAGUAUGAAAAAUACCAAGUUGCUCUGUGGUUUGGAAUCCACUUUAAACUGUAGAACCCCUAUAGCUGACUAAGUCUGUUCAAAGGUCAGAGAAAGGCAAGAGCUUAGCACCUCCAAUAGCACCAUACCCAGUGUGAAGUACUAUGAUUUUGAAAUCAAAUUUACAUUUUUCAAACUACAAGUUCAGCUCAGAAUUCUUGCUACAAAGCAACUUGUCAUAUGUUGUAAGGUAACAUACUGAGUGCUUUUAUUUCCUUUAGUUAAUUUUGAUUUAUCUUUGGCUCACAUCUGUUGCUGAUUUAUCUCAGCCUCAUUACAACAAAGUAAGUUUAAACAGUAAUAUUUUUCAAGUACAUGAUAGGAUUUAAUUUGACUGUCUAGGCUGUGCAUAAUGUCAUCUGUAUUAACUGUAAAUCUUCUGCUGUUUCACAGUUAACAUAUUUUAAAAAAUUUUAUUUCAUGCUCACACUUUACUAUUACUGUCUGCCAUAUUAUUUGUCAUGUAGUAUUAGGUUGCUGCGAUUUUAAAUUGUGUCUUCCAUAUUUGACUUCAUUUUCUGGAAGUUUGAACCAUUUGUACAAAUUAUGCAGUUUUCAAGCUCUUGUGUAUAUACUGUUUUUCACACCAGCUUUAUGCUUUUUAAAUUAUAAUUUUUAUUUACUGUAGAUUACAUUUCAUUUUCUUAUAUUUAUUGAUAACUUAAUUCAUAUUCUGUUAAUGCUAAUAGUAAUACUUGUACUAUUGGAAGAAACAGGAUUUAUUUCAUUAUUACACAAUAAAUUGCCUAGAUGUAAUUGUGAAAAUGAACGGCUGCACAAACAUUUCUUAACAUAUGAGCUGAAAUAACUGAAAUAAUAGCUAGAGGACAGAGAAAAUGCUAACUGCUCUUGAUAACAUAAAGGCGAUGUCAGUAUUUUAUCAACAUAUUCAGAGUGUUUUUGAGUAUCAUUGAAUCAUCAUGUAGCUGAAGACUUUUACUGUGAAUAGUAAAAUGUUCACCACAGUUUUGUAUAAAUGUUUCUAUUUUGAAUGUUGAAAAGUUUCCCAGGUAAUUAUACAUAUUGAUGUCACAUAUCGACAGUUAAUAUCAAGUUACUGAAUUCAGGAUAAUGUAAAAAGAGUAGCAGCCACUAUGUAAAUUUGUAAUCAGUGUUUGCAAUUUAUUGCCUGUAUGAAAUGGGAAAUUAAACUUUAUGUUGAAAAUUUUUCCCAAGAAAUUAUACAUAUUGAUGGUACAUAUACAUUCUUAACACCUGGUUAUUGAAUUCAGGAUCUGUUAAAAAUAGUUGCCUCAGUGUUUGAAAAUUAUUGCAUACAUUACUUUCCCAUGUUAAGUGUUGAACAUUGACUAUAUUUAAUCACAUUAGUGGAGUAGGGGCAAUAACAGCUGUGAUAAAUCCAAAACUUUUAACUUUGAUCUUUUUUUGUACUAAGUAUUUUUCAGCUAAUGGAGUUGGUACAUUGUUGUAGGUUUAAUAUAUUCACAAUGCUCACAAUUACUUUUAUGGAUACCGUCUUGUAAAAAGAAAUGUGUAGUGAAAAAAUAUUUAUAUGGAAAAGUUGAGGAAAUUGUUCGCAGUAUCAUUGUUCACAAUAUACUGUGUAUUAAUAAUAUAAACUGCAUUUUGGCACAUGUUUGUUGCACAAAUCCCCUUCAGCCUCAAGUUCCUUUGUUAAAUGAAAAGACACAAAGCAGUUCAUUAAAAUGAUGGUACUGAUGGCAUUAAAGCUUUAAUUAUUAUGAGAAUUGUUUUUAUUUUACAUGGUUUAGUGAAAAUGUGUGCAACAGUAGAUGGGACAAACACAGCAGUAACUGAGAUAAUCAUUUAUGAGAAUCUACAUGUAAAUUUUAUGUACUGCUUAUGGUGAAAUAUGGAAAUAAUAUUCCAUUGAUAUUUGCCUUAAAAAGUGCCAUUCAAUUUGUGUGUGCCAUAAUGGUUCUUCAGUCUUCAAAAUGUGUGUUUAAGGCUGUGUGGAGUUGGAGGUUAUUUGAAAAAUAUUGUAGCAAUGCAAUCUUGUAAAUUUUUUAUGUGUAUGACAGUUAUGAAAUAUUUAUUUACCUGUAAAUAUUGCUCACAUGCAAUAUAUUUGCAAAGUAGUAAACACCACAACCAUUUGUUAAAAUGUUAUACAUUCCACAUUGACAAUAAAACACUAAUUUAAAAAAAUAUUACU